AUGAGAAGUGAUGAGGAUGACAUUGUGCCAUCAACUUCGACAUUGCUUUUCCCGGAUUUAUUGACACGCGAUGAACUUGUCACUAUUUUAAAGCAUAAAUUUAAAAGGAUAGGUGUCAAUACAAGCAAGAUAAUUAAGCUUACAAAUGAUGAGCUACUGGAACAGUUUAAGAAAUUUGCAAUGCCAAAACCUCAACGAAAGGCUUGUAUUUCCCGUAAUGGCCUUAAUAAUUUCGAAAAUAUUAAGGAUUCAAAUAAUUCAGAGGAAGUGGAGAAUUCAGGAUCAGUGUGCAGUAAAGUUAAUGCGAUUAAUGGACAACGAACUACUGUUUACAGAAAACGAUGUAACACUAGCAGCACAGAGCAUCAUUCUGCUGUGAAAAAUUCUCGAAAACAUUCUCCCAUACGAUUUCCAUAAUUUAGAUAUGGUAAGAAAAAAGGAUAUUUCGAUUAUAAAAAGGAGGAGAACAAGAAAUGCGUUACAUUUUUUCACUUUUUUUUCAAGUUUCGUCUGCAAAACUGUGAAAUUAAAAUGCUUUCAUGUUAUAUCAU